AUGCGUUCCAGUGCGUUUUCUACUGUCCUUCUCUCCUUAGGAGUGACUGCACUGCCUCAAGCCUUGCACGUUUUGGAAAAAUCCAUUUCGGUCGGAGUCCAAAAGCCAUUUUCAUUUCCGCUCGCAAACGGGUUUCCCAACAUCUCUCUAGGCUCGGAUGCUCUAAUAGAAAUACAGAAGCAAGCACACGGCACACUACCCAAUGGACCUCUGCCCGCUGAAAUUUCAGACAAUUCCGCUACUGUAUGGCAACUGAUCGCCUUCAAUGAGCUUUUCGAAGUUGCAUACUUUAGCAAUCUCAUUGAAAACAUCACAGACGGUGUUUCUGGAUAUGAACUUGCCAGUCCCGGUGCUCUGAAUGUCAUCUCUACUGCAUUAGAAGCAGUCAGAGCACAGGAAGAGCUACAUGCGCUCGGAGCAAAUGGUAUCCUCCAAGCGGCUGGACAUGAUCCAAUCAACCCAUGCGAAUAUGUAUUUCCCGUGGAAAACCUCGAUUCGGCUAUCAAUUUUGCAUCCGUCUUUACCGACAUUGUUCUUGGAACUCUUCAAGAGGCUUUGAAAAUCUUGGGAGCUAAUGGUGAUGAGGUGGACUUCCUUGGCUUGGUUGGCUCGGUCAUUGGUCAAGAAGGUGAACAAAAUGGCUUUUACCGAGCCUUCGACAAGUCCGCCAUGCCACCGUCGACUCAGCCAUUACUCACCGCUUCAUCAAGCCCUUUUUUGCUAUCUUCGCUACAUCAAAUGGUUAUCGUGCCUGGAUCCUGCCCUAAUAGUCUACCCAUUCCCGUCUUUGGGGCGUUGAAUGUCGACACAAGGUAUCCUAAAGCACAGACACAGGAUAUGAAGUUCAGUUUCUAUACGAAUGAGACAAAUUUAAAAACCGAGGACUUGAGCCUGGUAUAUAUCAACCAACUGAAUGUACCAGUGGUGGAAGAGCUUUCCAAUGUGCGAAUUCAUGAAAACCAAGUUCACUUCACUGCACAUUUCCCAUACCAGAAAAAUCAGAUGGAUGGAUUGACCAUUGCCGCCGUCACCAAUAGUGUCGGACCAUUCUCAGAUGCUAGCGACGUUGCUGCUGUAACUUUGUACGGGCCCGGUAUUAUUGAAGUUGCUUAG